CCAGGCGCACGGCCCCGAGCCCCCCUGCACCAUGAGCUUCGGUUCGGAGCACUACCUGUGCUCCGCCUCCUCCUACCGCAAGGUGUUCGGGGAUGGCUCUCGCCUGUCUGCGCGCCUCUCCGGGGCCGGUGGUCCGGGCAGCUUCCGUUCACAGUCGCUGUCCCGUUGCAACGUGGCCGCCUCGGGCGCCUGCUCCGCGACCUCGUCCCUCGGUCUGGGUCUGGCCUACCGCCGGCUCCCGGCGUCCGAGGGGCUGGACCUGAGCCAGGCGGCUGCCCGCACCAACGAGUACAAGAUCAUCCGCACCAACGAGAAGGAGCAGCUGCAAGGCCUCAACGACCGCUUCGCCGUGUUCAUCGAGAAGGUGCACCAGCUGGAGACGCAGAACCGCGCGCUGGAAGCCGAGCUGGCCGCGCUGCGCCAGCGCCACGCCGAGCCCUCGCGCGUCGGCGAGCUCUUCCAGCGCGAGCUGCGCGAGCUGCGCGCGCAGCUGGAGGAGGCGAGCUCGGCCCGCGCGCAGGCGGUGCUGGAGCGCGACGGGCUGGCCGAGGAGGUGCAGCGGCUGCGGGCGCGCUGCGAGGAGGAGAGCCGCGGGCGCGAGGGCGCAGAGCGCGCCCUGAAGGCGCAGCAGCGCGACGUGGACGGCGCCACGCUGGCCCGCCUGGAUCUGGAGAAGAAGGUGGAGUCGCUGCUGGACGAGCUGGCCUUCGUGCGCCAGGUGCACGACGAAGAGGUCGCCGAGCUGCUGGCCACGCUGCAGGCAUCGUCGCAGGCUGCGGCCGAGGUGGACGUGGCUGUGGCUAAACCCGACCUGACUUCGGCCCUGAGGGAGAUCCGCGCCCAGUAUGAGUCUCUGGCCGCCAAGAACCUGCAGUCGGCGGAGGAGUGGUACAAAUCCAAGUUCGCCAACCUGAACGAGCAAGCAGCGCGCAGCACCGAGGCCAUCCGUGCCAGCCGCGAGGAGAUCCACGAGUACCGGCGCCAGCUGCAGGCGCGCACCAUCGAGAUCGAGGGCCUGCGCGGGGCCAAUGAGUCCUUGGAGAGGCAGAUCCUGGAGCUGGAGGAGCGGCACAGUGCCGAGGUGGCCGGCUACCAGGAUAGCAUUGGGCAGCUGGAGAAUGAUCUGAGGAACACCAAGAGUGAAAUGGCACGCCACCUUCGGGAAUACCAGGAUUUGCUCAAUGUCAAAAUGGCCCUAGACAUUGAGAUAGCAGCUUACAGGAAACUGCUGGAAGGUGAGGAGACACGAUUCAGCACCAGUGGAUUAAGCAUUUCGGGGCUGAACCCACUCCCCAAUCCAAGCUACCUGCUCUCUUCUAGAGUCUUCAGUUCUACAAGCUCCAAAACCUCAUCCGCUGGGCUGUCCCUUAAGAAGGAGGAAGAGGAGGAGGAGGCCUCGAAGGUAGCCUCUAAGAAAACCUCUCAGAUAGGGGAAACUUUUGAAGAAAUAUUGGAGGAGACAGUAACAUCUAAGAAAACUGAGAAGUCAAAUAUAGAAGAAAGCACCAUUUCAAGCCAAAAAUUAUAAUCCUGUUGCUAAAAAGAAAAAGUUAAUGCUUAAGGGGGAAUAAUAUGCAUUUGACUCGUUAACCAGCCUAUUCUGAACCGCAACACCUGUCACUACUCCUUAGCGUCUUCAAGGCUUCACUCUCAUAUUUAGUAUCACAUACUUACUUUGUCUAAUAGAAAACCACCCCUUAGAUGGGAUCAAACUGCAGUCCUGGAGCAAUCACAGAAGAGUUAUCUAAGAAUACAGCUUUCUCACCUAAAGCUCAGGCUUCACAGCGAUGGAUGAUUUCAGGUAUAAAAGAAAGACACAUGAAGGUGCUAACUCUAAGUGGUCCUGGUCAUCCUCUGAAUGAAAUUGAAACCUCUAUCCACUCUAUCCACAUUGCCAAGCUAUGUAGUCUUACUGUAGAUACCCAAACCAUAAGAUCACUGCCAAAGAAACCAAUGGUCCACAUCCAAUUCAACCAAUAGAACUGAAUUACAAAUGAUAGGUGUUUGUCUAAUGGACACUCUCCCUCCCACUGCCCUCAACUUCAUGUAUCCUUUUUCUUCCAUCCAGGAGAAAAAGAAAAGGCUAGUGUAGUAUUCUUCCCUUUUAAACACAGUUCAUUUCUCACAACUUACUCCCUUAUGCCCU